UGGCCCCCGGACAGUCGCCUCUCCUCCUCCUCCUCCUCCUCCUCCUCUUCCUCCUCCUCCUCCAACUCCUCGGCUGCACACCAGCUCUGAGAGCGAGAGAGUGAACGAGAGAGGGAGGGAGAGAGUGAGAGCGAGGGAGAUCUUUGGAGAGAUUUUUUUUUUUUUUUUUUUUUGCCUCCUACUUCUGUCUUGAAGCCAGACAAUCGACUUGCAGCUCUCCCUCCCCUCCCUCUCUCUCCACGUUCUGCUCCCACUUGCUCUCCCCCGGCCCCAUCCCCUCCCCUCCCGGCGGAAAGCCCCCCGAAAGCAACAAAGCUGAGCCGAGAGAAACAAACAAAACAAACACACCGGGCCAGACAAGCAAUCGACAAAACUUUGCAAAGCAGAAACAAAAAAGGAAAAACUAACCAACCUCAACCAACCAGACCCCGAGCCACCCGGGGCGCCCUCUCGCACCCUUGCACACACAAAAGGCGGCGCGCCGGAGCCCGAGACCCGGGAGCCGCCGCCGCCCGCAGCCAGGGGAGCAGGAAGUCCGGACGCGGCCCCCAUAGAUAUGGCAAUGGUAGUCAGCACGUGGCGCGACCCCCAGGACGAGGUGCCCGGCUCUCAGGGCAGCCAGGCCUCGCAGGCGCCGCCCGUGCCCGGCCCGCCGCCCGGCGCCCCGCACACGCCACAGACGCCCGGCCAAGGGGGCCCGGCCAGCACGCCAGCCCAGACGGCGGCCGGCGGCCAGGGCGGCCCUGGCGGUCCGGGCGGCGACAAGCAGCAGCAGCAGCAGCACAUCGAGUGCGUGGUGUGCGGGGACAAGUCGAGCGGCAAGCACUACGGCCAGUUCACGUGCGAGGGCUGCAAGAGCUUCUUCAAGCGCAGCGUGCGGAGGAACCUGAGCUACACGUGCCGCGCCAACCGGAACUGUCCCAUCGACCAGCACCACCGCAACCAGUGCCAGUACUGCCGCCUCAAAAAGUGCCUCAAAGUGGGCAUGAGACGGGAAGCGGUGCAGAGGGGCAGGAUGCCGCCCACCCAGCCGACCCACGGGCAGUUUGCGCUGACCAACGGGGACCCCCUCAACUGCCACUCGUACCUGUCCGGAUAUAUUUCUCUGCUGCUGCGCGCCGAACCCUAUCCCACGUCGCGCUUCGGCAGCCAGUGCAUGCAGCCCAACAACAUCAUGGGCAUCGAGAACAUUUGCGAACUGGCCGCGCGGAUGCUCUUCAGCGCCGUCGAGUGGGCCCGGAACAUCCCCUUCUUCCCUGACCUGCAGAUCACCGACCAGGUGGCCCUGCUUCGCCUCACCUGGAGCGAGCUGUUCGUGCUGAACGCGGCACAGUGCUCCAUGCCCCUCCACGUCGCCCCGCUACUGGCCGCCGCCGGCCUACACGCCUCGCCCAUGUCCGCCGACCGGGUGGUCGCCUUUAUGGACCACAUACGGAUCUUCCAAGAGCAAGUGGAGAAGCUCAAAGCGCUGCACGUCGACUCCGCCGAGUACAGCUGCCUCAAGGCCAUAGUCCUGUUCACCUCAGAUGCCUGUGGUCUCUCUGAUGUAGCCCAUGUGGAAAGCUUGCAGGAAAAGUCCCAGUGUGCUUUGGAAGAAUACGUUAGGAGCCAGUACCCCAACCAACCAACGCGAUUCGGAAAGCUUUUGCUUCGCCUCCCUUCCCUCCGCACGGUCUCCUCCUCAGUCAUAGAGCAAUUGUUUUUCGUCCGUUUGGUAGGUAAAACCCCCAUCGAAACCCUCAUCCGGGAUAUGUUACUGUCCGGCAGCAGUUUUAACUGGCCGUAUAUGGCAAUUCAAUAAAUAAAUAAAUCAAGAUAAGAAGGGGGAGUGAAACAGAGAGAAAGAAAAGGCAAAAGACUGGUUUGUUUGCUUAAAUUCCUUCUAUUAAGAAAGGAUAUAAAAGGAUGUUACAAGUUUGCUAAAAGAAGAGAGGGGAAGAAUUUAAUGGACUGUGAAUUUCCAAAAAAAAAAAGACUGUCAAAUGAACUUUUACAGAAUGCAUUAAAAAAAAACAAAAAAACAAAAACUCCUGUGUCGGUCAGAACAACUUGCUACUUAUCAUUUUUGUAUAAAAAGGAAAUUAGUCUUUUUCUUUUUUUGGUAAAUUUUGGAAAAAUAUUGCUAAAAGUGCAUUUAAGGAGAUUGGGAGAAAAUUAGCAGAAUGGAGAAAGUAAGUCUUUUUUUUCCCAAAUUAUUAAUUGUCCUGUGUCUAUGUACCUCUAGCUGUUCUUUUUUGUACUUUUCUGGUUCCAAACCAGUUUAUUCUGUGGUUCUAUAAUAAGUUUUGAUAUAAUCUUGGCUUCUUAAAAACUGUGUAUCCUUAAAAUAUAUGUUCUGCAAGAAUUAAAACUCAGUCCAUGAAAAUAUCAUAGGAAGACAUAAAACUUUAAAAGGCAACUCAAAGAUGAUGGAAACGCACUUACAAGUGGUGACCAAAAAUUUUAGGUGAAGUUGAGCACUCUAAUUUGAGAACUGGAGGAACCACAUACAACACUUAACUUCCCCUACCCUGCCCCCCCCCCAAAAAAAGAUACCAUGACAAACCUAGCUUUUUAAAAAUAUUUUAAGAAAGAGAAUGAACUGUGGAAUUUAUUGGCAGCCAAGGAAUGUGUCCAAGACACAUGCUGAGGUUUUGAAUAAAAAGUGAACUUUUGUAAUUUGAA